AUGUCCGACAACACCUCGACUCUUCAAUCAUAUGUUGAUUCUGCCAAGGGUACAGCACAAUCUGUACUUGGAUCUGUGACCGGUAGCACCGCCGACAAAGAAGCCGCCGCCCAGAAAAAAGACAAAGCCUCCCUCGAACACGACGCCUCUCACGCCGGCGCCUCAGUAGGCGGCUACUCGGUCUCCUCUAGCGGAGCCAUUUCCGAAAACGAUCCUGCGCGUCAAGAAGGUUCCUGGAACCAAACAAUUGGUUCGGGUAAAGAAUUCAUAGGUGGGAUGCUUGGAGCUGAAGAAUUGAGAAAGGAAGGCAGAGAACAGAAUGCAGCGGGUAGAGGACAGCAGGCGCAGGGACAGUUGAAUGAUCUAGGGAGUGGGGUGAAGGAUAGGGUUAAGGGGAGUGUAGGGGAGAAGGUGGCGGGGGUGAAGGGGGAUAGGGGUCGAGGAGGAGAGGAAGAGGGAGUUGCAUGA